CUGCUUCUGCUCCGCCACUCUGCCAUUGGACUCUUGAUAGUCGUCUCCCCACACUGCUGCUGCUGGGGGGACUUUUUAACAUAGGCCUCUGUAUGGCCUUCAAUUUAAGCUGCUUACGCUUCGCCACUCUACCAUGGGCCCCUGUACCUACCGCCUCCUCUUGCUGCUGCUGCAGGUCCAGAGCCUGUGUAUGGCCUUCAAUUGAAGCUGCUUCUGCUCCGCCACUCUCUGCCAUUGGACUCUUGAUAGUCGUCUCCCCACGCUGCUGCUGGGGGGACUUUUUAACAUAGGCCUCUGUAUGGCCUUCAAUUUUAGCUGCUUACUACGCUCCGCCACUCUGCCAUGGGCCCCUGUACCGCCGCCUCCUCAUGCUGCUGCCAGGCCCGUAAUCUGCCAUGGGCCCCCCGUACCGACUCCUCAUGCUGCUGCCAGGCCCGUAA